AUGAAGAAUCUUUUACCCUUGACAACCAACAUCUUACCAAUGUUCAUGAAACUUCUAGCACUUAAUGAUUAUGAAAUUACUAACUUAAAAGUUCAUAAUUUUAAUGAUUCUGAUAGUGAACAUGAUGAGCCAUCAAAUAAACAUUAUAAGACAAUUCCUAUUAAUUUUAAUGAAACUGAUAGUGAACAUAAUGAGCUAUCAAAUAAGCAUUACAAGAAGUUAGCUAAAACCUUUAGUGAUACUGAUGACUCUGAUAUUAUUGAUUCCAGUGACUCUAAUGAUAGCUCUAAAACGGAUGAUUCAAGUGAUAAGCAGUCUUCAAGAAAAUACAAGUAUAAAAAAAAAUAUAAGGGUGUUCUUACAACACACAAUUCUGGAAAUACUUUAUCCAAUAAUGAUUUAAAUUACAGGCAUGGUUCUGAAUCUACAACAAUAGAAAGCAUUGAAGCCCAAAUCACUACCUCUACAGAAACAACUGCAUUACGAACAGUUCAUUCUAAGAAAAGCAUAGAUAACAUGGCAAAGCCUAAAACAAAACUUAUUAAUAAAUUUUUGAUUGUUUCAAAUUCGAAAUCAUCACAAAAAGACCUGCGAACAGUAUACUCAGGGGUUAAUGAUAUAGCACCUGGAAAAGUAACAGAUAAUCAGUCAAAAUGA